AAAUGGCUCGCUAGAAAGAUAAACAGAUACAAUAAGAGAGAGAGAGAGAGAGAGAGAGAGAGCGAUGGCUCGCUAGAAAGAUAAACAGUUACAAUAAGAGAGAGAGAGAGAGACAGACAGACAGAGAGCGAUGGCUCGCCAGCAAGAUAAACAGUCACUAUAAAAGAGUUACAGAAGUGAAAAACGACAGAAAGAAGCGAACAUGGCGACAUCAAAACGUAGGGGAAAAAUGUCGAAAAAGUCUAAAAUUGUCGCAAGAGUUAAAGCUUAACACAAAAGCUUUCACUUUUGCCAACGCUAUUGUAUACAUAUGCUGACAUGGCGACAGUUAAACGUAGGGAAAACAUGUCGAAAAAGUCCAAAAUAGUCGCCAGAUUUAAAGAAUCUCAUGAACACAAUAAACAAAGGAAAUUUGUUGACGAAAAUGACAAACAGUUUGAAGAAAAGACAAACGGAUCCUUAAGCUGCCAGGUCUCCUACAUGUCCCUGGAUGUUUUAGCUCAAGUUGCAGCUGAUAAGUUACGAGAUGAUGAAAAAUUACGACAGAAAUCAACAUCUAAAAAGAUUUCAAAACGCAGCAUUCAGUGCCUUGAUAUUUUAAACCUUGAGCAAAUCCAAUCACUCUCAGAUAAAACCUUGCUUAAUCUCUUCUCCGAAAUCACAUGCAACGAGAUGACUCGGAACUUUACAUAUCAGUGUUAUUUAAUACCAGAAAAGUGCCAAGAAAAAUUUACGAGUUUUGGAAAUGAAACGAAAGCAAAAAUGCACAUGAAACAACAUUUAAUCAACCAUAUCGACCAGCUAGUGUACGAAGCAAAUGAUCCAGAAAGGAAAUACCGAUUUAUAUUUACUGCUGAACCAGUUCAUGUCCGCAAAAGGAAAUUAUCUGAAGAAAAAGCUAAAAAGAAGAGAUCAACAAACUAUGUGAAUUGCAAUCCUCUCAACGGGAGUAACAUCAACUGCAGCAAGAACAUUAAAACUUUCACGAAUCUAAAAGCAACCAAAGAAAUUAGUCGAGAAAACAAGAUGCCAACCCCGAAGAGGAAUGCUGUUGAUAUGAACGGACCAGUGAGGUCGACAAGAAAAAAUAAUCUGUCUGAGAGAGAGAUAAAACAAUCAAACGAGACUGUAAAAAAUGUUAGUUCUCCCAAAAAAGUUAUGGCACAGCAUAACCUUAACAAAGAGACAAAACUUAAAAAGUCCCCUAAAUGUAAAACCAAAAGGGUUUCUUCCAAAUCUGUUCUUUUAGCGAAUGAAGAUGAAUUAAAAUUUGUAAGCCCGCAAGUUGUAGACGAAGCAGCUAAAAAUGAGGAAGGAAACAGUGCUUCUAGAAAAGACAUUGUCAAGAAGAUUGACCGAAAUAAUGAAGAAUUUAUUUUAGAUUUGUUAAAGAAUACUCACCCACACCACGAUCAUUGUUACACAACGAUAUCUGGUAAGAAAUGUCUUGUUGAGACAUGUUCUGUCUAUUCAGACAAUGAAGAGGACAAUUCCAGCAAUCACUCAGCAGACGUAGAAGACAGUUCUACAUUGGAUAGCAGACCAUUAUUGCCAAUAUUGGAAUUAGAUUUUUGCAGUGAAGAUAUACCUUCAGUGGCCUCUGAAGAGAUUGUGGACAGUUCGUUGUUGACUGAGGAUGAGGACUCUUUGGGUCAUUGCGGAUAUAAACCAUAUCCCCCUAUGCCAAAAUCAGCUUUAGCCAAAAAAGGAAAACUACAGGUGCCAGAAGAAAAUGAAUCCCUUAGUGAAGGAGAAGCUGUGGAAUAUAAUACCCCUUGCCCUAAGAAGAAGAAGAAAGAUUUUGAGAAGAAUACAGCUGCUGAAUUAGAAAGGAAAACCGCAUUACGUUGCAUCAGGGAAUUGAAAGGCCGCAAGAAAGAUGAUAAAAUUGCUCUUGCUUGUCAAAUUUGUCUCGACAAGACCUUCACAGCCAGUGCAACUCUGAUGUAUCACUAUCGUAGCCAUGCUGGAAUCAAACCAUUUGUGUGCCUUCUGUGCAGUACCACAUUUACAAGACAACACAGUCUCAACUAUCAUAUGUUAAUCCACAACAAUCAAAGCCGUUUCACUUGCAAAGACUGUGGUAGAAAAUUUCGGCAUCCAAGCCAUUUUAAGGAGCAUUUGCGACGACACACGGGAGAGACUCCGUUUGAAUGCAAAGACUGCCCACAGAAAUUCAAAACACGUAACACAUAUAAAAGACAUUUGAAAACAAGACACGGCAAGUUGCUUACUGCUGCAGGUAUUCACGUUUUAUCAAAGGAAGAAUUUCUGAAAGUUAGAACUAAACCAUACAAGAAAUAUUACACUCUAAAACACACAGAAUCUGUUAAAGAACAAUUAAUGCCUGAAUUAGGGGAUUCCCAAUUAGUGAGUCCAUGUUCUGAAUCUGUUUACAACCCAGUGCCUACAACAUCGAAUAAUGCCUCUAAUUUCACAAACACUAUUGAGAAACCAUCAACUGCUAUAAUUAAUUCUACCGACAACUCUUUCUAUAUUCCAUUUGAAAUCUCUGUUAAUUCAUGAAGGAAAUGGUUUAGAAUGUUCUUUCAGGUGUUGCCAAUGUUUCUCUCUUUGAUAAUGUUUGACCAUAAUUUGAUAGUUAUACCAUUGUGGUAUUUUCAAGAUGGUACGACUGAAGCCAAAAAUUAAGUUUCUUAAACAAAACUAAAACAAAAAAAAAGACCCUC